AUGGAUUCGUUAUUCUCGGUCGAGAAGGCCAGGGAGCAAUUUCCGUCUUUGCAGAAGGACCAGAUCUUUGGCGAUAACGCUGGUGGCAGUCAAGUGCUAGGCAGUGUUGCCCACAGUAUCUCAGAGUAUCUCAUAACCAACAAUGUCCAGCUUGGAGCAACUUACAGCACAUCGCGCACAUCAACCGCCAAGUUUGAUGAGGCCUAUCGGAUCGCAUCUCAGUACAUCAAUGCUGGCAUUGACGAAAUUGUGAUUGGAGCAUCCACCACUCAGGUCUUGCGGAAUCUCGCGGCUUCCAUCAAGCUCGAAGCUGGCGAUGAGGUCAUUCUCUCUGAAAUUGACCAUGAGUCGAAUAUUGAUCCAUGGCUUCACUACGCCCAAAUCGCUGGCGCGAACAUCAAGUGGUGGUCGCCAGCUGAUCGAUCGAACCCGAAGCUUGAUACCAAGACUCUUCAAAGUCUAUUGACUACCAAGACACGCCUUGUGGCAUGUACACAUGCUAGUAAUAUUCUUGGUAGCAUUCAUGACAUUAAAGCCAUUGCCGAUACGGUGCACGAGAUUCCCGGUGCCCUUCUUUGCGUGGACGGCGUUGCCUACGCUCCACACCGGGCGAUUGACGUAAAAGAACUUGGCGCAGACUUUUAUGCCUUUUCUUGGUACAAGGUCUAUGGGCCUCAUAUCUCCCUUUUAUACGGUUCACGCAAGGCCCAGGAACAACUGAAACCGCUAGGACAUUAUUUCAAUCCAUCUGCAAGUUUGAUGGAUAAACUGGAGCUCGCCGGUGCCAGCUAUGAGCUGACGCAAUCUAUCAUACCCCUUGUCGCUUAUUUUGGGAAGAACCCCAAGAAGACAUGGGAUGAGAUCACCCAGCACGAAGAAAAGCUUCAGAAGCGCCUCAUUGAGUACCUCGACUCAAGACCAGACAUUUCCAUCCGUGGAGAAACUUCAUCCGAGGCCGCAGUUCGACUACCGACUGUGAGUUUCACGGUGAGGGGAAGAUCCUCACAGAGCGUAGUAGAGGCCAUCGAAACACAAUCGAAUAUCGGAAUUCGCUGGGGUCACUUCUUCUCCAAGAGACUGGCUGAAAAGGCUCUUGGUCUCGACGAUGAUGGUGUAGUGCGGGUCAGCCUAGUGCACUACAACACCGAUCUUCGAGAUGGUAACCAAUCUCUCAUCAACCCAUUGACUGUGGAGCAGAAGUGGGAAUACUUUCAGAUGCUCGUCUCAAUUGGCUACAAGGAGAUCGAAGUAAGCUUUCCUGCGGCUUCCCAAAUCGAAUUCGACUUCACGCGCCGUCUCAUCGAGACUCCUGGGGCGGUACCAGAUGACGUUCGGAUCAGAGGACUCUCUCCGACGCGUGAAGACUUUUUGGCCCGCACGGUCGAAGCCUUACGGGGAGCCAAGCGAGCCGCAAUCUGCACAUACAUAUGCACCAGCGACAAACAACUAAAGUACCAAGGUUUCACUCGCGAGAAGGCUGUAGAACAGGCUGUGAGAUCAGUUCGAUUCUUACGGUCUCUCACGAAAGACGAUCCGGAAUCUGCCUCCGUCACCCACUGGACUCUCGCCUUUGGUCUUGAAGCUUACAACGAAGCUGACCCCGAAUUUGCGUUGUUGAUCACAGAGGCUGUUAAAGAGGCCUGGGGGGCGACUGAAGAGGAUCCGUUGGUUGCCGUCCUAGCCACCAGCACAGAGGUAGCCACGCCAAAUGUGUUUGCAGACCAGGUCGAACUUUUUCAGGCUUCCUUAUCUGAGCCUAAAAAGAUCAGAAUAUCGCUUCACCCCCAUAAUGAUCGUGGAUGCGGAAUUGCUACGGCGGAAAUGGGCAUGCUAGCCGGCGCUGGUAUGGUUGAGGGCUGCCUUUUUGGCAAUGGUGAACGCUGUGGAAACGUGGAUCUUGUUGCUCUGGCUUUGAACUUCUUCUCGAGGGGUAUUCACCCUGGCCUGGACUUUUCAAAUCUUCCACAGAUCAGAGAAAAGUUUGAAAGACUCACUGGACUGACAAUCUCCCAGCGUGCACCGUACGCUGGUGAGUUUGCCCUACAAGCAUUCAGUGGCAGCCACCAGAAUAUCAUCCGUAAAGGGCUUGCGUGGCGGAACGAAGCUUUCGAAAGGGGGGAACAGCCGGCUUGGGACAUCCCCUAUCUUCCUCUCGACCCGCUGGAUCUAGGUAUUCCGAUGGAUCAAGUUAUCCGCGUGAACUCGCAGAGCGGCAAGGCAGCCGCCACUUGGAUUCUCAGCCGACGAUGGGGGCUCGAUCUUCCUGUCGACCUUCAGAUUGACUUCGGUCGCCGUGUACAAAUGAUGUGCGAAGCCCUGGCUCGGGAGAUCAGUCAUCAGGAGGUCAUCAACCUGUUCAUCGCCAGCUACGCACUUUCGUCAGAAAGACAUGGUACCGGCAAUAUCAGCGUUUUUAGUGACGGAACCCUCCAGAACGUUACUGGAACAGUCAAUCCAGCGGACGGCUUGACGAUACGGGUCAAUGGAUCCGGCAGCAGUAUUGCGUCCGCAGUCAUUAGGGGGCUUCAUUUCAUGAAGGGAAUGGACGUGGAUGCCGAAGUCUGUCACACGCAACAGCUUACGUCCGAUUUCGAUCAAGGCAAAACUUGUGCAUUGGCGACAUGUACUGAAGGGGAGCAGACAGCUUGGGGCUACUCCAUCGACAGCAACCAAUGUACAGCGCAGGCAAUGGCAGUUGUUGCGGCGGCUUUGCACCUCCAUCGCCGCAAGUUGUCAACUCUUCCGUUGAAGAAGCAUGGGGCCACGACUAGGAUGGAUGCAAAGGCAGCACCUCCGCAAACCAUUACCAAAGCAUAG